AUUAAGGAGCUCAUUUGAGGUGGCAUUGAAGACCUUUUUCAGUUUUUUAUUUGUUUUCUAGAGAGACAAACGAUGAGGAAAUGUGAGGUGGAAUAUGAAUACUCAGCCAUGGAGGAUGGUGAACUAGAUAUGGUUGAAGGGGAAAUAAUUGAGAUUCUUCAAAAGGAUGGAUGGAGUCUCGGGAAACAUAAUGGGAAAGUGGGACUUUUUCCAUCAAACUGCAUCCAAGAAAUGUCCACUUUCCAAGAGACAGGAAAGGUGAUGAAAAGCAAGGUGCGGUGGGAAUACUCAGCCAAAGAGGAUGAUGAACUGGAUCUAGUUGCUGGAGAGACAAUUGAGAUUCUUGAAGUGUUUGAUGAUGAAUGGUAUCGAGGGAAUUAUAAUGGCAAAGUGGGACUUUUUCCAUCAUGCCUCGUCCAAGAAAUCUCCCCUCUCCAAGGAAAGGUGAUGCAAGGCAAGGUGUUGCAUGGAUACUCAGCAAUGAAGGACGAAGAACUGGAUCUAGUUGCUGGAGAGACAAUUGAGAUUCUUCAAAUGGAUAAUGGAAUUUGGAGUCUUGGGAAACAUAAAGGGAAAGUGGGACUUUUUCCAUUGUUCUAUGUCCAAGAAAUUUCUGCCCUCCAAGACAUAACCCAAAGAGCCUUGAGAAUGCACUAUGUGUUGGUCUUUGGUCCAAGUGUCCUUAUGUUCACUGCAUUUGUGCUAUGGGGCGUUAUUGAGGGAUUCCUGAGUGAGGUGGUUAUCUGCUCAACUCUCAACCUGAUUCGGUUCAUUACGCUGUUCAAGACUAGUCUGUAUCAGAAGAAACUCCCAGAAAAAAUCAAGACCAUCAUCAAGAAACCAUUUGCCUUUGAGUACAUCAUUGUUGUCAACGUUUUAUAUUUUGGUAAAUAUUCAGACACUUUUUGUGGAAUGUGACAAAGACCCAAAUCCAGACCAAUUAAUUCUGUACAAGCAUAUGCUAUACACACCAGACUCAGAUAGACAACACCCUAUUUUGUGGUGCCUGUUGUCAUAUGUUAUGUGCUGCCUAAUUGGCUUUUCGUAAA